AACGCUCGUGCUCAUGUAAAAGAUAUGUCCUACUUUUGCAAGCACUGGUGACCCACAUCCAAGAUGGAAUGACUUCUGUACGUCUUUAAAGGCUGCAGCAGACGCUGUCCAAAGCAUCAUGAGUUGCUCCGGUUUGCUGUGUCUGCACCGUGGGGACCUCCAACGUGCGUUGUUGCCCCUCUACUGCACCCUCACCGUCCGUGCCCUCAGCCAUGGCCGCCGCAUGAGCCCCAGCCUCAAGCAGAGCUACCGCGUUCUGCAGCUGCCGGUAGAUGAGGACAGCAGCCAGGCCGAGGUGAGGGAGGCCUACCUCAGCAUGGCCAAGCUCUACCACCCGGACUCCGGUGCGCCGACGGCCGACGCGGCUCUGUUCGGCCACAUCGAGGAGGCGUACCGCGCCGUGCUGGCGCACCUCGCGCGUCAAAAAGCCGCGUCGCAGUACACCCAAUCAGCCAAUCAGGAGGACGAGGACCAGAGCCAAGGCAGCGGUAUCGCCCACCGGCAAUAUCUCAACUUCGAGGGGGUCGGCGCCGGCACGCCCAGCCAGCGGGAGCGCCGGUACCAGCAGUACCGCGUGGACCGGGCCACGGACCAGGUGCUGGAGUACCGGCAGAAGGAGAUGGAGCGCGCGGCGGCGGAGGAGGGCGCCAUGGUGGAGCGCGACACGCGCCUGCGCAGCCGGCAGAUCAAGAUCACGCAGGCGGUGGAGCGGCUGGUGGAGGACCUCAUCCAGGAGUCGAUGUCGCGCGGAGACUUCCGGAACCUGAGCGGCAGCGGCAAGCCGCUCAAAAAGUUCGAGCACAACCCGUACGCCGACCCCACGACGCACAACCUCAACCGCAUCCUCAUCGACAACGGCUACCAGCCCGAGUGGAUCGUGACCCAGAAGGAGAUCCGCGAGACACUGGCCCGGCUGCGCUCAGAACUUCUGGAGGCGCGGGGCCGACUCGGGGACCCCAUGAGGCCCCACGAGGAGCCCCGGUGGCAGGAGCUGUGCGGGAACUUCGCCGUGGACCUGGCCAAGCUCAACAAGAGGGUGGACACGUUCAACCUGAUCGUGCCCUUGCUCAGCCGGCAGAUGGUCCACUUCAGCCUGAAGAGAGAGGUGGAGCGGGCGUCGAGGGAGGACAAGGAACGGAGGGAGGAGAGGAGGAGGAGGGAGACGGAGUUGAGAAAGAUGGAGAGAGAGAGGGAGAGGGAGAUGGCCCAGGCGCGGCAGGACAGCAGACAAGGACUGUUGGCGUGGAUGCAGAAUCUGCUGAAGUAGCCACGAGACACAAGACAAACCAGACCACCAGCUCAAGGGACGGUUAUAUGGCACAGGGGUUAACUGGCACAGAGAGGUUUCUGAGUCAGCUGAACAAGUGAGCUGAGCAAUGCGAGAACAUCUACACAUUUAGGAUAUGGAAAAGUGGCCUUUCAGGUUCUCUGACGUGACAUGAAUACUUUGGGCGGCUACUUAGAUAGACACACCUGUCUAUUUUACCUCCUUGCGAGUUUUGAAUACUAUCUAUUCAAUUCUAUUCAAAUCACAAAUGAAAGGGAAACAGUUUGUGUGAUUCAACUUGAGUGUCUUUGAUUUUUUGUUGUUAGGCAUGGAGGCCUGGUUGUUAUUGACUAACAUGUUUAUGAGAACAGUGAUUUCUGUUGAGGCUCAAGGUCCACGGAGACUUAAUGAUGAGCUCCUACUCUACAGGGCGUUUAGGAAUGGCUUGAUAACUGUCUAAUGCUGCUAAUAUUACAUAAAUGUGUAUCCUAUACAUAUGAAAAAGACUAAACUGUUAAGGUAAUAUAUAUAAAAUACCUGUACUGUAUGCUCAAAUGCUUUAAUCUCACAUACUGUAUUUGGCAUCUGACCAUGGAAUCAACAACUGAGCACUUUGAUAAAUAAUCAUA